AUGGCAACCAUAAAGGCCAUCGAGGCCCGCUCAGUCCACCAAAUCCAGUCCGGCCAGGUCAUCACCGACCUGUGCUCCGUCGCGAAAGAACUAGUCGAGAACAGUCUCGAUGCACACGCAACGACAAUCGCCUCAUACGAUGACCUCUCUUCCCUUAACACCUUCGGCUUCCGCGGCGAAGCCCUCUCCUCGCUCUGUGCCCUCUCCGAGUUCCAGGUCGUAACUGCUCAGGCACACCAAGUCCCGGUAGCGACAAGACUCGAAUUCGAAGUCUCGGGUAAACUAGCCAAGAAACAAGUCUGCGCCGGUCGAAAAGGCACCACCGCCUCUGUGGGCGGGAUCUUCAAGCGCCUCCCUGUUCGCCGGAAGGAACUAGAGAAGAAUAUCAAGAGAGAAUACGGGAAGGUGGUGAAUCUUUUACAUGCAUACGCCUGCAUCAGUACGGGUGUAAGCUUUAGUGCCCGGAAUACAGUUGGAAAGACUAAGAAUGUGACGGUGUUUUCUACAAAUGGAAAUCGUACAACGAAGGAGAAUAUUGCCAAUGUCUACGGCGCGAAGACGCUAUCUGCACUUAUCCCGCUAGAGUUGGAGCUGGAAUUUGAGCCUUCUCAUGCGAUGAAGCGGUCUGGUGGUGAGGAUGUGGUGAAUAAAAUUCAGGUUCGGGGUCAUAUCUCACGCCCUGUUUUUGGAGAGGGACGCCAAACACCGGAUCGGCAGAUGUUUUUCGUGAAUACGAGGCCUUGUGCACUACCUCAGAUUGCCAAAGCAUUCAAUGAAGUUUAUAAAUCGUUUAAUGUUUCGCAAUCGCCGUUUGUUUUUGCGGAUUUUCAGAUGGAUACGAAUGCUUAUGAUGUGAAUGUGUCGCCUGAUAAACGGACAAUUUUGUUGCAUGAUGCCGGCGCACUCAUUCAUUCGUUGAAAGUUUCUCUUACCCAGAUGUUCGAGGCGGCGGAUCAGACGGUGCCUCAAUCGCAAGUGCUUGGGUCAAAUCCUUCGGCUAGUAAACAGCAAGCUCUGGGUUCGUUGCCUGGGUUUGUUUCUGCUCGAGAGGUUGCUCGUGGUAAGACCGCAUCUCCUUCUACCACUGCAAGCCAAGAGAAGAAUGGAGAAGAGCCAACCGAUGGAGAGGAAGAGGUGGAAACUCAAAAAUCUGUUGGCAAACCUCAGAGAGAAAGACCUUCUCCCGCGGAAGUUUCACCCGCGCCUAACAUUGAUCUUUCGUCCGUUCAAUCUGAGGAUCGGAAUGACAACCCAAUAUCAGACGAAACCACCCAAGGCUCCUCAGCUGCGCUGGAAGAACUUUCAUCUCAGCCGUCGGAACUGGAGCAGGCGCCCGGCAAUUUCGAUGCUGAAGGAUCUGAAGAAACCCCAAAUGUGGUUCAGAAUGCCUUUGAUCGCAUGCGUCCCCGUCGAAUGCCGGCAGAAAUGGCUACUAUCACCAUCGCUGGCCGCACAGUGACAUCCAUGGUUGGCAGUGGAUUGCCACGAAAACGGACCUCUGAUUUUGGCUAUUCAAAUAAAGAGACUCCAAAGCGCAAGCGAUUAGUCCAUACACCAUCCAGACCGAAUAUAUUCGGAAAGCACAUGAGGGCCUUUGCAGCACCAGGGACUCAAGAAGAAGACCAGGAUGACGACGAGUCUGGAGAUGAUGCCGGCGAAUAUAUAGAUGUUGAAGCAGAAGAGAUGGAAGAGGAUGAUGAGGAAGACGAGGAAGAAGAGCAAGAUGAUGCAGAGGAGAAUAAGGAAGAUGAGGAAGAACUAGAAGAAGCCGAUGGAGAGAACGAGGCCCAACAAGAAAUUCACGACCAAGAAGAGGCUGCACCCUCUCCAGAACCCGAGGAUGAAGACUAUGUUGCAGAUGAAAAUGAUGCCGACGGUGCUCCGCACACAGAUCAUAAUGAUAGCCAAGAGCAAUCCACCGAAAAAGAGGUAGCCACGGAUGCCAGUCAAAACGAUCUCGAUGAAGCCGAGAAAAAGGCUCAAGAAGACGCAACAGUCCAGCGACUAAUUCACCAAGCCGAAGAAACCGCAAUUCUCCCAGGAGAGAAUAGCAAAAGCCGCGCAAACAAGAUGAAUAAGGGUGCUGCACACCGCGACGCAACUGUUAACCUCAUUGGCACCAUCGAUGCAUCUGUCUCCCGACUCCGUGCCCAAAUGGAAAAGUUAAAGGAACGUCUCCAACCUCGAAACACCACUUCCAAAGCCGACGACGCCAACACGGAUAAAAAAACCGCCGAAGACCGCCUCUCACUCACAGUGAGCAAAGCGGACUUUGCCCAAAUGCGCAUCAUCGGACAAUUCAACCUAGGCUUCAUUAUCGCCGUUCGACCCGGUGAAGAUCACGAUGAACUCUUCAUCAUAGACCAACAUGCUUCAGAUGAAAAGUUCAAUUUCGAGCGUCUCCAAGCCGAAACGGUCGUACAGAACCAGCGCCUCGUCCGUCCACAACGUCUCGACCUAACCGCCGUCGAAGAAGAGGUUGUAUUAGAGAAUCGGACCGCACUCGAAAAGAACGGAUUCAUAGUCACGGUCGAUGAAAGCGGUGAUGAACCUAUCGGUCGACGGUGUCAGCUUGUUUCUCUACCGCUAAGCAAGGAGGUUGUUUUUGGUUCUCGUGAUCUUGAAGAACUCAUUGUGCUCUUGUCUGAGUCGCCGGUUAAUCAUGAGAUUUCCGUGCCGCGACCGGGUAAAGUGCGUAAAAUGUUUGCAAUGAGAGCGUGUCGGUCGAGUAUUAUGAUUGGGAAAACUUUGACGACGCGUCAGAUGCAGCGAGUUGUUCGGAAUAUGGGCACGAUUGAUAAACCGUGGAAUUGUCCGCAUGGUCGUCCGACUAUGAGACAUUUGAUGAGUCUUGGACAGUGGGAUGAGUGGGAUGAGUAUACGGAUUGUCAUCCCGAUGUUGAGGCUCAUCGGGAUGAACCUGUUGGAUUAGAUCUAUGGAGACAAUGUGUGGAUGGAAAUAAUGAAGAGGAGGAAGAAGUCGAAGCUGAAGCAGAUGAAUAA